CGCGUUCACACGGCGUUCACAGUCGCUCCUCCCACAGACAUGGAAACUGGCUGUCUGUCUGUCGUUAGUUCUUCCUCCAAACACCGAGCACUAACUUAGUUCUCCACUUCUCUCCUCGGGCGUCACGCCGUGGCAUGUAGUUCGGCAUCACCGCACAGCUCAAGGUGCUGAAGGCCGCUGGAAAAGUUUUGACUUAAAAAAAAAAAAAAAAAAAAACAACAAAAAAGCGGCGUUUCUGGAAGCGGACAUGUGGGCACGAGCCCCUCGGUCUCAGUGAGCGCGCGCGUUUCCCGCGAAGUCACUCAGUGUCCCGCAUCAUGAGGAGCUUCUCGCGCCCUCGGCGCGUCCGCGUGAACACGCUGCUCGUGCUGCCUUUACUUCUCAAGAUCCUACACGUGCAAUCAAACUGUUCAGAUUGUGGAUUUAAAGCAGAAACAACAAAUACUACUGAAAUUACAAUUGCUGUUGCCCCUUUUUGCACACUUACCAACUUCAAUAACUUCCAACAAAUAAAUUCUACCAUCACUGUGUCCGGUCUGAUACCUGGUACCAUAUACACCUUUAACCUGACCUGUAAUCCUGGGAAUUGCUGUGUUCCUCUUGCAACAACUCCUGAUGUCAUCAGAAGCCUCUAUGUUGCUGAAGUCACAACAUCAUCUGUGUUCCUGAACUGGAGUGACAGCCAGGGUUACCAUUCCUUUUACAAAGUGCAGUGGAAUAACAACAACGAAGUAAAAUCUGUCAGUAAAACAUCAGCACCGGUUAACAUCAGCAAUCUGACUACAGCGACUGCAUACACGUUUACAGUUACUGCAGUGGCUGCAGACAACAUAACAGAAGGAGCAGCUGUUAGCAUAACCCAGUUUACGAGGCCCGAUGUCAUCACUAAACUUUCCACAAGUGACAUCGGUACAUCCUCUGUGUCCCUGACCUGGAGUCCACCUCUGGGGAAUAUCCCCUUCUAUAGAGUAAAGUGCAACUAUAACAAUGUUUUCCAGAAUCAAACCACAAAUUUCUCUUCCAUUACCAUUGUGAAUCUACUUCCUGGUAUUCAGUACACCUUCAGCGUAAUUGCUGUGACUGGAGAUAAUAAAACUGAAGGUGCCCCUAUUAGUCUGUCCCAGUUUACAAGGCCUGAUGUUAUCACAAACUUCUCUGUUUCUCAAAUCACCACAUCAUCCCUCUCUCUGACCUGGAGUGCUCCUCAGGGAAAUAUUUCCUUCUACAUAGUGCAGUGGAUUUAUAAUAAUAACACGAACAAUCAAACUGUAAAUUCAGCUUACAUUUACAUACCGAGUUUACUUCCUGGUGUUCAGUACACCUUCAGCGUUAUUGCUGUGGCCGGAGAUAAUAAAACCAGAGGUGCCCCUGUUAGUCUGUCCCAGUUUACAAGGCCUGAUGUCAUCACAAACUUCUCUGUUUCUCAAAUCACCACAUCAUCCCUCUCUCUGACCUGGAGUGCUCCUCAGGGAAAUAUUUCCUUCUACAUAGUGCAGUGGAUUUAUAAUAAUAACACCAACAAUCAAACUGUAAAUUCAUCUUACAUUUACAUACCGAGUUUACUUCCUGGUGUUCAGUACACCUUCAGCGUUAUUGCUGUGGCUGGAGAUAAUAAAACCAGAGGUGCCCCUGUUAGUCUGUCCCAGUUUACAAAGCCUGCAAAACCUGGGAACAUCUCAUCAAUAAAUCCAGGAAACAGUACCCUCACUAUUUACUGGAGCCUUCCUCAGGGAAAUGUUGUAUGGUAUGAAGUGAACAUUGCAAGCUACAGCUCCAACAUGACAUCGAACUCGACGAGUUCCACAAAUUAUACCAUGUCUGGAUUAUCUGCUGGAAUUCUUAACAACAUCACUGUGACUUCAGUCAGUGGGCCUUUCCGAAAUACAUCUGAUGUUGUCCAGUUUGCCACCAAACCCAACCCUCCUGCAAACAUCCGCAUACAGGAAAAGACCAACAGCUCUGUGUCCCUUGUCUGGGACAGGCCUCUCAUGGAUGCAUCUGUGAAUGUUACUUUCAACAUAACUUACAUGCCCGCCAAGGGCAACAUCUCCCAGUCUAUAGCUUCUUCACAGAACCACAUUCAGUUUACUGGUCUGGUUUCUGGAACACAGUACUGCUACUGUGUGGCUGCAGUAGGCUGGCAGGGGUUGAGUAGUUCGACGGUGUGUCAAGGUGACUCCACCUUGCCUAAUCCGGUACAGAACCUCAAAGCCAGUUCGGUCUCUAUCAACUCCAUCAGACUUGAUUGGGGGAGCCCUGCUGGAUUCCAGCCCUAUUACACAUACCAGGUCCAAAUCACUAAUGCCUCAGGGUUGGUGGAAAACGUGACAGUGGCACAGAAUUAUACCGAGAUCCUGAAUCUGGUACCAGGGUCUAGAUAUAAUGCCACUGUAACAACAAUAGCAUCAAGUAACGCAUACAGUGUGUCUCAGGUCACAAUAUGCCAGACAAAACCCAGGCCAGUAGGAAAUCUUACAGCGAUGGCUGUCAGCACCACAGCAAUAAAUCUCACAUGGACAAGUCAAGAUUAUGACCAGGGCUCAUAUUUGUACCUGGUCUCAAUCAGUCAGUCAGACUUGGGCAGACAGGGCACAAAUACCACAGACAAGAGAUUCAGCUUCUCCAACCUCAUUCCUGGCACCAGUUACAACUUUACCGUUAUUGCAGUGGUGAACGGAGUUCCAUCGGACACGGCAACUGCAUUAAAUUUCACAAAACCAGAGAAAGCGACGAAUAUAAUGGCUGUUGGAACAACUUCAAGUCUUAUUGUAACUUGGAACAGUCCUAAAGGGAAUUAUGAAUUUGUGAGAAUCACAGUAUACAGCAAUAUCUCUGUGGUUUAUACCCAAAUCCCACUGUCCAGCAAUUCAACAGUGGUCUCAAACCUAAGGCCAGGGCAACUCUACAGCUUAAUUCUCUCAACAAAAAGUGGACCUUUUCAAGUGGAUUCCGACAUGAUGCAGAAUGCAACCUAUCCCAAUCCACCAAACUCCAUCCAAGUGGAACAGCAGACCACGAAUUCCAUUAACAUCAGCUGGGAAAGACCAGUCAACAUGGACAUUGGCCAGUAUGACUUCAUUGUCUACUCCCAGGGGAAUAAAACCAGGUCCUCAAACAACUGGAUCAAUCUGGGGAACCUAACAUCAGCUACUGGGUACAACAUCUCUGUGGUGACCAUUGGGCUAAUGGCCUACAUGAGCACACCAGUAGCCUUACAAGUGUUUACAUUACCCAAGUCCAUCUCUCAGCUUCAUGCCUCUGAAAUCACUGCUUCUAAUGUCACCCUGGUUUGGGAACCGCCCGAUUCCAGGGAUGUCUACCAGUAUCUCAUUACAGUGGUAAACACGAACGUGAGCCUAGACACUUGGAACACAUCUGCUAACAUCGGAGGUCUUCAGUCCGGGACCAACUAUACUUUCAGUGUCAUAACUCAGGGCCACAGUGGUUUCAAUGCUUCUGCCACGUUCACCUCAUUGUUCACAAGGCCAUAUUCCAUCGGCCCUGUGGACUCUAAUGCACUGAACACAACGGCGGUAUAUUUGAAUUGGACCAGACCUCCGGAAUACCAAAAUGGCUACUCUUACCGAGUUGAGAUCUCUGGAUGCCUACCUGCUGUAAAGAACCAGUCGGUGCAGACUGAAGUAGCUCACAUCGCUGGUCUGAUCCCAGGAACCAACUGCUCCUUUAGGAUUUACUCCCAGGCAGCAAAUGGCAUUGAAGGAACACCAGUUACAACCUUUCAAUACACAAUGCCUGAAAAAGUGGUACCACAUGUAUCAAAUGGAGGAACAAAUCAUUCCAUUGCUGUGGAAUGGGACUCUCCUCGAGGCAAUGUGGAGAAGUAUGGGGUCAGCCUGAGGAGCCCUCAAGGAGGAGCCGUGUAUCAGGAGUUAACCUCGACCGCUCGGUCAUGCCUGUUCACUAACCUCACGGCUGGGAGUAUAUACACAGUCACCGUGGAAACAUUCAGCGGACCUUUUAGUGAACAGUCCAAUCCUGUGUCAAAUGCAACUUAUCCUAACAAACCUGGACACAUCACAGUACAAAACAAGACAACCAAUACAAUUUCUUUAGAAUGGAUGGACGCACCUGGCAUGGAUAACGGCAGCUUCACCUAUAUGGUGACUUAUCAGUCGGCUAUGUCAAUGGAGACAAGAAAUGUGUCAAGGAACACUGCUGACUUGUCCAGCCUGGACUCUGGAACUUCAUACAACAUCUCUGUGGCUACUGUUGGACCGAUGGGGCUUGUGAGUGAGACAGUGGCUGUGUUCCUGGUCACAACGAAACCAGAGCAGGUACAGUUCCUUAACAUAAAUUCCACAUCUGCUGAAGAGGUUGUGCUGACAUGGAGUAAGCCAAUUGAUUUUAAAAGUGGAUACCUGUACCGAGUGGUCACGACAUACAGCACAAAUAGUGUGAUGAAUACAACGACAUCCACUGAGACUUACAGAGCAGUCCAUUUAAUCCCUGGAACCCUGUAUACCUUCAUGAUAUCAACACUGACAUGGGACGGGACAGAGAGCUCAAAUGUACUGGUUUCAAAUUGCACAGACGCAGCUCCUGUUCUUGACCUUACGUGCCAGGGACCAGAUCUCACCGCUGCUGUACUCACUCUGUCUUGGAGUAAUCCCAAAGGGUUAAAUAAGGGCUUUGAAGUUCAAGUAAUGGAUAAUGUGACGGAGAGCAUCCCAACAUGUGAUCCCACAUGCACACACAACGUAGCUGGUCUCUCGUACAACACGCAAUAUAGUGUGAGUCUUCAGACUCAAGGGUGUGGAAAGUCAAGCGCUAUCAAUGAAAUACCGUGUAAAACUGGUAUCACAGUGCCCCCUGUACCAGACGCUGAAACGUACGUGAAGGUUACCGAAGUAGAGUUUGAUAAAUUUACUUUAGAACUCAAUUCCAGCCUCUUCAAUUACACCAACGGACCCAUUGUGAACUACGCCAUACUGGUGACUUCCAAUAUGGACAGUGUUAGAGGACAAAGCCUGUCCUCACUGACAAAGUACUUAAAUAAAACAUAUCAAGACUGGGAUGCUGGACAAGUAAGCACUUACCUAGCAGUUGUAAAGGACAACCUGGGCACCAGUCAAAACGGCGACAAUUCCGUAGUUGUCAUUGGAGACAGUACUAAGUGGCAGAGCUACAGCAAUGGACCCCUCAAAGCCAGAGGAGUUUACAGUUUUGCUGUAGUUAUGUUUACACGUCUUGAAGAGAAGGAUGGAUUUGUGGAUAUUUCUGCAUCCUAUGUCUCAGUAUCCUCUUUUCAUCAGAGAGCAAUCAGCCUUCCAGAAAACCCAGUCGUCAUUGCCUCUAUCGCUGGAGUAGUGUCAUGCUUACUCAUUCUGUUUGUCUUCAUUGCUCUUGCUGUGAUCUAUUUCAAAAGACGUGCCAGGCCAGAAAACUCAGAGGUCCCUAUUCAUUCUUUAAGAGCCAAAGUUAGUGUUCCCAUAAAGGUGGAAAACUUUGAGGAAUAUUUCAGGAAGCAGCGUGCCAAUUCUAACUGUGGAUUUGCAGAAGAAUUUGAGAACCUGAAGUCUGUGGGGGUGGCCCAGGCAAAGAGCAGUGCUUUGGCUCCGGAGAACAAAGGGAAGAACCGAUACAACAACGUACUUCCGUAUGACUGCUCAAGAGUCAAACUCUCAGUCCAAGGGAGUCCAUAUGACGACUAUAUCAAUGCCAACUACAUGCCGGGCUAUAAUUCCAGGAAGGAGUUCAUUGCUGCCCAGGGUCCUUUGCCCAGCACAGUGAAUGAGUUCUGGAGGAUGAUCUGGGAGAAAAAUGUUCGCACCUUGGUCAUGCUAACCAGGUGCAAUGAACAAGGGCGGGUGAAAUGUGAAGAAUACUGGCCUUCUUCGACCAAGCACUUUAACAACAUAACAGUGACAGCAACGUCUGAAAUCGUCAUGGAGGACUGGACCAUAAGAGAGUUCGAUGUGAAGAAUGUGAAAACUGCAGAAAACCGCAACCUGCAGCAGUUCCACUUCACGGCAUGGCCGGACCAUGGUGUUCCGGAAACCACUGAGCUGCUUAUCAACUUCCGGCACCUGGUGAGGGAGCACAUGGAUGAGUUCUCCCGAAAUUCCCCAACCGUGGUGCACUGUAGCGCGGGAGUCGGGAGAACGGGAACCUUCAUCGCCAUUGAUCGCCUGAUCUUCCAGAUCGAGCGUGACGGCGUGGUGGACGUCUUUGGAAUCAUCCACGACUUGCGAAUGCACAGAACACUCAUGGUCCAGACUGAGGACCAGUAUGUGUUCUUGAACCAGUGCGCCAUGGACAUUAUCAAGGCACGGACUGGGACUAAUGUGGACUUGAUAUACCAGAACACAGCUGCGCUCUCUAUUUACGAAAACUUUGAACCCUCAGGGAAGUCUAAACACGGCUACCACCACGCUUAAGCGCAUACUCCUUACCUUUCAGUGCCUUCUUCCUCUGGCCUUACAGGACAACAGCCUCAAGGAAGAUGUUCAUUUCUAAUGUUCCCUACAAGGCAAAUACUUUUUUCAAGAAUUCUGGUUGCAAGUAUCAACUUCACCGGAGAUGAGAAGUCUGGAGAGUAACCAGUGGUAAUGUUGAUAGUUAAAGCAUUAAUAUAAGACUGUAUAAAACGUUAGCCAACAGAGAACUUGAAUGCAUAAAACUCGCUUAGAAAUAG